GCUCAUUCCUAAAUAAAUGAUAAUGUUAUAGUAAUUAAGUAUACUUUCAACUGUCAAUUUGAUAUUCAUUUUAUUUCUUUUACAAAUCACUUCAAGAUGUAGUAAACGUGUAAUACCCCCUUUUAAAAUACUUAAAACGAAUCAACUUGUAUACUUAAUUGAAAUGACAACAACAACAAAAAGUACAAAACUUAUUUCAUAUAUAAAUUAUAAAAAAUCAUUUUCAUUUCGAAUUCUCAACUAUAGACAAUGAUAUCAUCAUCAUCAUCAUCAUCGUUAUCAUUAUCAGAAUAUGACUUUCUUCACUCAUCAAAAUGAAUUAUAUUUGUGUAUCUAUAAAAAGAAUUCAUUUAUGAAUUCGAUUAAAUUUUCUUUAUUGUAUACCUUAAAAAUUAUAUUUUACGUAAAUUAAUACGUCAUCUAUUGAAUUUCACAACAACAAAAACAAAAAGAACAAUCAACUCCAUCAUUUUUUCUUCAUGUUGUAAAUCAUUUCUUUUAUUGUAACUAAUCAAAUAUCAUUUAAGUUCUAGUUCUAUACAUACAACAUGUGGAUAAAAUAAUGAAAUUGUAAAAAAAAAACAAUAUUUCAUAGGUUAUUUCAUUUGAUAAUCAUUUUUCAUUUUGUCAUUAAACUAAAUAUGAACCUUGAAAAAUGUGCUCGAAAAAUGCUCUGAUUAUCGAUUUUAUAAUUUUUUUUUCUAAGUUAACCAAUCAACGAUUAGUUUACAUUUGAUUGGUUAGUAUGGAUAAUAUUGGUACCUUUUUCAAUGAUCCUUUCAUAUUUCUUAUUUCUAGUUACUUACUGUUUGUAUAAUUUUAUUGAGAUUAAGUUGAACAAUUUCAAUUGGAUUUAUACUAUAAAUUAUUAAUGCAAUUCAUACUUCUUUCAUGUUAUAUUACGUAAUUGGAUAAAUUAACUAUCGAGUUUCUUUUCUCUUUUAAGUAAAUAAAAUCAUUAACAGCAUCAACAAGGCAUUUCGAUGGCCAAUGUUGAUAUGACCUGGCCAACAACAAUAGUUACUGUAUCUGGUGAAAAAACAGUAUUUUGUCAACGUAGUAAUAGUAUAACAGAGAAAUCAUCUAAUGACAAUAUACAAAAAACAAUCAAUUCAUCUAUUCAACAUGAUAUUGAAAACUUAAACUUAAAUCAUUUGAAUGAAGAUGAACGUCAAAAGGUUUUAUGUGUAGUAAAAAAAGACUUUGAAGUACGUGCUAAAGAACGAGAAAGAUUGAACCGAUUUCGUUCAAGUAUUUUAAGACGAGAUAGAGAAUUGGCUGUUAAAAGUUUAACAUCAACUACUGAAAGUACAUCUUGUUUAUUAUGUGGACGUGCAUUUAUACCUUUGAUUAAUCCUAAACAUAUAUGUUUCAAUUGUCAACGUGAAAUUUGCCGAAAUUGUUCAGAAUCUAUGAAUAAAUACGAUGAAUUCUUAUGUAGAAUGUGUUUAAAAGAGAAAAAUUAUCGUGCAAUGACAUGUAAUUGGUUUUACGAGACAGUAAUUCAACGAUUCAGAGAAUUCGGAAGUACAACUGUUGCUAAAAGUUUAUUUGGAUCAACGUACAAACAAGUCCAAAAUAUGGCUGAAGAAGAACUUUGGAAUCUUUUAUUUCGAUCUUCAUCAUCCAAAAGAAACUCUAUCGAAUCGAAAGAAUCAGACAAGUUUUAUUCAGCAGAUCAAGCUAGAGAAGCACAAAUUAAAAAAUUAAGAAAUCGAUUAGAAAAAUUAAUGGAAGAAACUUUAUCUGAAUUAAAUGCUGUUGAAAAAAAUGAUUCAUUAUCACCAAGACAAAUCACUUGGCAACAUGAAAGUGUGGGCAUGAAGUUUAAAAAGAACGCCUGUCGUGAAAUGAGAAAUUUCAUUCAAAUUCUCUACAUAACAACUGAAAAGGAACGAAUGAGUCAAGGUAUGAACACUAAGAAUAUUACUCCAUACGUAAUGGAUACUUUAGAAGGUGAAAUCGGUCGAAUAGUUGGAUAUAGUGUGAAGGGUGUUACAGAUACAAACAGUUUGGCUGGUGAAGAUGAUAAAGAAUCUGUUACAAUGGUUGAUCGUGAUGGUGUAGAAGGACGAUUGGCUGAGAUUCUUUUCAAUAAACUCUAUUCCGACAUUAAUUCUACGAAACAAGAGACUGUUAAAAAGUUUUCAUUUCAAACAUCUAAUCCCAUAGUAACUAAUACAAAUUUCAAUAAAUCAUCUUUCAAUUUCAUGAAUCAAUCAAAUCAAAAAGAUGAACUCAAUGUAACAGAAGGUUUUCCAAUUCGAAUGGAAUAUUCUUUACCAUAUAAUGAACAAUGCGAACUUCAAUGGUAUAAAUUAAACAAUAAAAAUCAACGAGUCCCAGUCAAACUUGAUUUUCGUAUUGAACAUGUUAUCACUGGUGCAAUUCAUAUGUCAUUCAAACAACAUCAACAAUUAAAUCAUCAAUAUCCAAAACAUCCAUUUGUUUUGUCAAAUUCAGGUUUGAUUACAAAUGAAACAAAACAAAAGUUGAAUCAAUGGAAAUGUAAAUUAUUAGAAUCUGAAUCAAAUACUAAUGUCAAUAAUAAUAAUAAUAAUAGUGGUAAUGAAAUCAUCUACCUACAACAUCAUCUCAUCAUAUGGGCAAGUAAACCUGAUGAUGCUGGAAGAUAUUUUGCAUCAAAUCAAUAUCCAUCGAAUACAGAUGGUAUAUCAUCAACCGAAGAGAAGGAAUUUAUACUACAAGUAAUAAAAUCCAAUCAAUCAUCAGGCAGUUCACAAUGUUCACCAGAAUUUAUUGAACCUCUUAUAGUACAACCAAUGAGCAGUGCUACUAGUGAUCCUUUUAUUGAAAUGACAUGUAUAGUGACAGGCAAUCCUAUACCAAGAUGUUUAUUAUACCGAAAUUCAGUACCUAUCCCAGUGGUUGUAAUGCCUUUUCUCAAAAUCGAACCUAAUGAUCCACUAUCUACAUUGAGUUCUUUAACGCAAAAAUACACUGUCACAACAUCAUUAUUUGAUUUAAACAAAUCAGAUCGAUCAAACAGUUAUACAAGAAAGAUUACACUACGUGUUAAUCGACCAUCCAGUUCAGAAGACAUAGCCACCUAUAGUUGCCGUGCAUGGAAUUGUCAUGGUCGAACUAUUACAUCAAGUGUUUUAUCAAUGCAAGAUCACUUCGCUAAAUUCGAUUGUCCCUUAGAAAAACCGAAUAUGAAUGACAAUAUCGAUAUGGUAAAAAUUGAUUCAAUUCAAUCAACAGUAAAUACUUCUCUAAAUGUUCGUGAUAAUGGUGAUGCUUUGAUCAAAAAAGAAGAAUUCCCUCUAAUUACCGUAAUAAGCGAUUCACAUGACAGUAUCAGUGAAUUCAAACGAUUUGAACCGAAAUAUUCAAGUUCUAUCAUUGAAAUAUCUCCUGAAAACCAAUCCAUCGAUGUUAAUAUGAAAACCUCUACUGUGAUAAAAACACAUCGUUGCUGUACACAGUGUACAAUGAUAUGAAAAAUUAUGAAAUAUACUUUUUUUAAACUAUUCAUAAAGAAAAUGAAACAACUGAAUCAUCUAAUAGAAAUAUUUCAGAAAUACUAAUGAAAAAAUCAUACGACAAUGACACCACAUCAAAUAUUUCUUCUGAUAUUGAUACCAAAAAUUACAAUACUGUUAAUAUUCCUUCAUCGAAACGACAAAUUAUCAAAAUAUCAGAAGUUACUUCGUUACAUGAAGAAAUUAAUAUGAUUAAACACAAUUCAGAAGAUAAUACCACACAAUCUAAUUAUAAUCAAUCUAGGCGAAGAAUAUCACUACAAUCACCUGGACCAACAAUUUUUAUUGAUCGACGACAUAGUAAAGGAAAUCGUAGAAGCAGUACAUCUUCAAAUAUUACUGAACUUUAAUAAAUAAUCAAUAGAUUGUGUAUUACAUAACAUUAAUAAGCAUCUAUAAUAUUGAUUUUUUAUAAUCAUAAUCAUAUGUAUUAUUAUGUAUGAAAAUGUUUUUUUUUCUAUCUUUAACACGAUAUACUACUGAAUUACUUGUAAUGUGAUCAACUUAGAUUCAAUUUGUUUUAUAAGAUGAUUUUUCAUGAUUAUUAUUAUUAUUAUUUUGACGGAAUCGAUAUUUCGUGUUUGUUUAUUGAUUUGUUUGUUUUUCCUAAUUAUCUAUCUUUUCAGUUCAUCAAUACUUUCUUUAUGAGUACUAGUACUAAGGUUAAUGUAUAAAAAAAACAUACUAUAAAUGUUAAAAGGAAAAAUUGUUGAAGCAUUCGAUGAA